AUGAUUAAACAACAGCAACCACAACAACUUAAGGCACAGACCAUUACAUACGCCAUAUAUGCAUAUAAUUCAAAGACGGCAGAACAAACGCAAAGGUUGAAAUAUGGAGAUUUGGAGAUAGUAUUGAAAAAUGACCAUUUCGAAUUCGUUUGCAAGGGUGGUGCAGUGAUAUCAAAUAUAAAAGAAAUUUUAUUUAUGAAUUCAAAAAUUAAAGGAAUAACGGAUGAUAUAACAUCAAUUCCACCAGAAGAACAAAGAUAUUACGCAUUAAAUGCAUUUCCUAAAGUUUUGAAGAUUGGAAGAUUUAAUUUAAAUGAGGAAUUCAUAGAAGGUUUCCUAAAUGACAUAAUGGAGAAAGCAGAUAAGGAAUAUGUGGAUAGUGAGUUAAUGAAGAAAGCAGAUAAGGAAUAUGUUAACGAAAAAGAUAAUGAAAUUAAAGAAAGUGUUGAAUGGUAUCAUGAAUGGACAUCAAAGAUUUUAAAAACUAAAGCUGAUACAGGAUGGGUUUCAGGAUGUUUAGACCUUAAAGCGGAUAAAACAUAUGUUAACGCUGAAUUAAAGACUAAGUUAGAGAAGAAAGCGGAUAAGGAAUAUGUUAACGAAAUAUACCAAAGUUUGAUAGGAACAACAAAAAAUAUUGAAACUAUUGUUGGCGACUUUUCUGUCAAUGAAGAAAAUAAAUAUUUUAGAUGGGAGUUUGUACACUCCUUAAAAAAUGGUAUACGGUAUAAACUCAUUCCGAAAAAUAACAAUGAAAUGUAUGUAGGCUAUAUAAAGAAUGAUGGUACACAAGUUAAAGUUCCAUUAGACAACAACUGCUACUUAAACUUAUAUGGAGACGAACAAAAGAAAUAUUUAAGAGUUUAUGAAAUGACAGAUAUGACAGAUAUGACAUUGUCUAACGUAGCUCCAGCACCGUAUUAUUAUGACUAUGGUGUUGACGCACAUGUAGACCCAAAAAAGCAAACAUUAUAUUUAGAUUAUUAUAGAUAUAAAAGAUAUAAUGCAAUAGAAAAAACGAGAAUAGUAUAUUAUUAUACAGAUGACAGAAAUAAAUAUUAUAGUCAAGAUUUUACAUACCCUGAAAACAUAAGAUUAUAUUAUAAAAAAUAUUCUGACACAAACCAGAAGAAACCCGAAAUAGUUACACUAUAUUUUAAGUUCAAAAGAGACAAUCCUAUAUUAUCUCAUAUGUUUGAUUUAAUGAACCCAGUAGGUUCUAUUUAUACAUCUAUGGAUGCAAGAGGUCCUCAAGUAAUGUUUGGUGUUGGUGCAUGGGAACAAAUAGUUGACAGGUUUUUGUAUUGUGCAAACUCUUCAAAGGAAACAGGGGGAAGUAAAACGAUUUCAGGUGAAAAUUUACCUGCACAUAGUCACUACAUAGAUUUAAGCACAUCUCAAGCAGGUUGGCAUAAGCAUAGAUAUUGGGAUUGGUCAGGAAUGACAAAAGGUAAAGGAUAUGAUGUUAAAGACGACGUUAA